AUGGAAGGGAAGGCCGCCGAGGCGCGUCGAUGUCGCGGCUGCGCCCACGCGCGGGAGCCUAGGCGCGCUCGCCGCAGCCUGCUCGCCAACUCUGUGCUGCUCCGUCUCAUCACCCUCGACCGCCGCUUCGACGACGUAAACGCCGCGGGCGGCGACCAUGCCGCUACCACAAGCGAUAUCCUCAGCGCGCUGGGCUUCGGCUACGCAGACGCCAAGGCCGCCGAGGCUCAGGGACGUCGGGACGGACUCGGAGCGGGGCGGGAGCGGCGCACACGAACUGUUGCGGACCGGCGCGAUUUUGUCCGAACGAGUCUUAAUUGGAAUUGGAUUGGAAAAAUCAAAUCAAAUCCAAGAUUUGGUUGGGAUAUCCUCACGAAUUUCCUCGACGUGCAGGAGAAGUUCCUGAUCCGCCGAGCAAAGUACAAACCUCACCUGAUAAGGAGUCCUUUGACAAAGCCCUCACAAAGGAGGUAUUUGCUGUUGCAGCUCGUGAUUGAUCUGAAGCCUGAAGGUACAGUUUCUGGAAUGCCAUCUAUUAACUUCCUCAUGUCAAUGAAGUUGCUUGCUACACUGGCUGCAAUUCGGUUGGAUGAGGCUGUUGGCAAUCAUUUGAUCCACGUGCCUCCAGUUCGUGGAAGAAGGUUCCUGAGGAGAAAACUUUAA